AUGCAGCUACCCGAGACGCCGAUGUGGCAGCAGGUGCUGCAGCGCGUCCUCACGGAGCUAGAAACCCUUCGAAUCGUGCACACCUGCCGCUCUGCGAGCCUGUACGAAGACGAUCGGAUAUGGACGCUGAUUCCAGCCCACUUUCGUGAGCAGAUCUCGGACAGUACCAGCGCUGUGUUGCAGCAAGAGGGCGCUGCGCUGGCGGACGCACUGCUAGUACCUUUCGUCCACACGCCCGAGUCUACGACGUUUUUAGAACAGAAGGACGAUCUCAAAACAACGCUGGAACUUGCUUACCAGCGCCUACCUCGAAGAAAAGCGCUACAAGUUCGGAAACUCGCGCCCCGCAUGGGACAGCUUCUGGACCAGCUGGUAUGUUUCGCGGAUCACAACGAGGAGCAUCUGCAGCUCGUGGAGGUAGGUUGCGGACGUGGUCUUGUUUCCCAGACCCUGAGCGUUGCACUUGGGGCGCAGCGAGGACGCCACUGCCUCGACAUCCUCGGCAUCGAACAGGAUCCGCGUUUGUGCGCGCUGUUCCGCCGCCGUUGGGCGCGUGCGCCUCAGCAGGUCGAGGCAGCGCGCUGCGCCGUUCGACACGCACGUAUCGAGUGUGCGGCGGAUAUUGCGCGGCAUGCGUGUCUUGCACGCGAACUUUGUGACAAUGUCACGCAUCGCAGCGUGAUCCUGGCGCUGCACGGAUGCGGUGCGUUAUCUGCGUAUGCGUUGCGCACGCUUGACUCGGAGCGGUGCACACUCCAGCCUGAAGCAGUGAUCUGUAUUGGUUGCUGUUAUCAUAAGCUCCGGUGUCGGGAUGCAGUCGCGGAGUUGGUGCCGGAUGAAGCAGCUUGUGUGGAGUUUCCGCUCUCUCGUUGGCUUUCGCAGCUGGAGGGGUUUACGUUCAGCGCGCUGGCCUAUGGUGGCGAUGCGCUGAUGAAUCGGAGUUCUUUGUAUCUGGCUAGCACGGAUGCAACGGCACUGCGCAAUCCGAAUGCGAUGCAUGCGCAGAAAAUCCUUCGGCAGCAUCACUAUCGAGCGAUGCUACAAGUGGUGCUGAGCAGCCUGGCUACCGCGGGGGAUGCGGAGCUCAGGCGGCGCGCGCAGAUGCUCCUCGAAGCCGAGCGGGACCCGCGCUGGGCGCUUCUACGUCGAAUGGGUAAGCGUAUUGACCAGUUCAACGAUUUCGCGGCCUAUGCGAGAGACGGCCUAGAGUGCCUGCAACUGCCUUUUGAUCCAGAAUUGGUGCAGGAGAUUGCGGCGAAAUACGAUACGCCGCUGCAUCGACAUCGAUGUUUCGUGUUUUGGACCUUGUGUGGCAGGUUGGCGCCCCUGCUCGAAGCACUUGUCCUACUAGAUCGCGUUGUUUACGCCCAAGAGUGCGGGUAUCAUGCGUGGAUUGAGGCGGCGUUUCCAGCAGAGGCGUCGCCCCGUAACAGGGCCAUUAUUGCGGUUCGUAGACAAGUCGCAGAUCGAUGUGCUCGCGCCGCAUGA